ACUUGUCAUUCCGGGGGAAGCACCUACCGUCUUAGGAACCUGCAGGAGCUCAUCAUUACCAACAUCGCUAACAUCGAACUUCGUAAAGAAGUUAACCCUUUUAAUCCUUUUCAUCAAUUUGUAUUUACUUAGGUAUUUACAUAUUGAAAUACUAUCUACCCAUGGUGUUACUACUGUAUCGCGUAGAACAGUAGAGCAUCGUCAUGGCUCGAAUAUCCAGUCUCGUAGUCGGCGCUCUGCUGCUAGUCAGCACCGUCGCUGCAGACGAGCUCCUUACACCCAAACACGAAGCCGGACGUUGCGCUAUGCGAGGUCAUUGUGGAAAGAAGAGUUUCUUCGGUAAACAAGUACCUUGCGUCGAUAAUGGACUAGCUACAACCCCCGAUCCGGAAUUUGCGAAGGAGAUAGAAGCCGUAUGCGGACCGAAGUGGAAGGAUAGCAAGGUCUGCUGUAAUGCCGACCAGCUCAAUGCACUCAAGUCCGAACUAUCCACCCCUAAUCAAAUCAUCGGUUCCUGUCCCGCCUGCAAGGAGAACUUCUACAACCUGUUCUGCUCUUUUAGCUGCUCCCCAGAUCAAUCAUUAUUCAUCAACGUCACACAAUCCGUCGAGAAAGGUGGCAAAUCCUUAGUUUCCGAGGUAGACCAAUUAAUAACUAAAGAAUAUGGCGAGGGUUUCUAUGAGAGUUGUAAAGAGGUCAAGUUCGGUGCUUCGAACUCCAAGGCUAUGGAUUUCAUCGGUGGCGGCGCGAAGAACUAUACGCAACUCCUCAAGUUCCUCGGUGAUGAGAAACUCAUCGGGUCUCCUUUCCAGAUCAACUUCCCCGUCGAGUAUUCUGAACCUAGCAUGGCGCCGAAGGAUAUGAAGCCGAAGAAGUGUAACGACGAAGAUCCGAAUUUCCGAUGUUCGUGUGUUGACUGCCCGGCCGUGUGUCCGGAACUCCCGGAUGUACAACAAGCAGGAUCGUGCCGAGUCGGUGUGCUCCCUUGCCUGUCUUUCGCCUCGAUAUUCACCUACUGCAUACUUCUAUUUACCCUUGUCGUCGCCUUAGUUGGACAUAUUGCUUGGAUUAAGCAUGCGCAACGACGGAGUGAACGUCUUCACCUACUUCAAGCUGCCGAGCCGAGCGACGAUGAGGACGAGGGUGACCUUGUUCGUAACGGCGCUAUGUACGAUCAGCCACAAAGAAACUAUUCUAUCAAUGCUUGGUGUGAUACUGCCUUUAGCAAACUGGGUCAUCUUUGCGCAAGAUUCCCAGGAAUCACCAUAUUCCUUAGUUUACUAGUGGUUAUCCUCUUAAGCGUCGGGUGGAUCAAAUUCAGUCUGGAAAAGGACCCUGCAAGGUUAUGGGUUAGCCCAGAGUCGCCGGCGGCUCAAGAGAAGGCCUUUUUCGACGAGAAUUUUGGCGCCUUCUAUCGCGCGCAGAAGAUCUUUUUGGUGAAUGACACUCAGUCUGAGCCUGGUCCGGUACUCAGUUACGAAACUUUAACGUGGUGGUCGGAGGUUGAAGCGAGUGUGAGACAGCUCAAGACAGAAAACUUUGGCACCACUUUCCAGGACGUAUGCUUCAAGCCGCUCGGAUCAGCUUGCGUCGUACAAUCUCCCACCGUCUAUUUCGAUGGCACAGAGGGCUGGAAAAAGCAAUUUAAGAAAUGUGCUGAUUCUCCCGUGAAUUGUCGACCAGAUUUUGGGCAACCAAUAGAGCCAAAUAUGAUCCUAGCUGGCUACGACAGCAUCGACAAUGUUACUGAAGCGAAGGCCAUAACAGUAACUUGGGUUGUCAACAACCAUCCCGAAGACAGUCCGGAACUCACCCAUACUCAGGAUUGGGAACGAACUUUGAAGGAUCGACUUUUAGAGGCUCAAAAGGAGGCAGCCGAACGGGGUCUGCGACUUUCUUUCUCGACUGAAAUCAGCCUGGAGGAAGAGUUGAACAAAUCAACCAACAGCGACGCAACGAUUAUCGUGAUUAGUUAUCUCGUCAUGUUUUUCUAUGCCUCCCUUGCCUUGGGCUCAACUAGUAUGAGUGUCCGCGAGUUGGUUAGGAACCCAGCCGUUGCACUGGUCCAGAGCAAGUUUACUCUUGGUCUUGUUGGAAUUAUAAUCGUCUUGAUGUCGAUCACGGCCUCCAUCGGACUCUUUUCCUGGGCGGGUAUCAAAGCCACACUUAUCAUCGCCGAGGUCAUUCCCUUCAUCGUGCUAGCCGUCGGUGUAGACAAUAUCUUCCUGAUCGUUCAUGAAUUUGAGCGUGUCAAUCUAAGCCACCCAGACGCGAUGGUCGAGGAGAGGAUCGCCAGAGCGCUUGGGCGGAUGGGUCCCUCGAUCCUUUUCUCGGCGAUUACGGAAACCGUCUCUUUCGCCCUGGGUGCAUUUGUUGGAAUGCCGGCUGUUCGAAACUUCGCAAUCUAUGCCGCAGGUGCGGUAUUUAUCAACGCUCUCCUCCAGAUGACACUCUUUAUUUCUAUUCUGUCUUAUAAUCAAAUGCGAACUGAAGACCACAGAGCGGAUUGCUUCCCCUGCGUCCAAGUCAAAGCAGCUCGCGUUCACUUGAGCGGUAGCAAUGGCCCCGGCGGCCCUCGUCCUUAUGACAUACCCGACGAGUCCUGGUUACAACAGUUCAUUCGAAAGUAUUAUGCACCCGCUCUUCUUGGGAAGAAGGUCAAGGUUCUUGUCGUCGCCACUUUCCUCGGCCUCCUAGCUGCCGGUGUUGCCUUGAUUCCUUACGUCAAGCUCGGCUUAGACCAGCGCGUUGCUAUACCCGAUGGUUCUUAUCUCAUCGAUUAUUUCAACGACAUGUACAGUUACAUGGAUACUGGCCCACCUGUAUAUUUUGUAACCAAGAACACAAACGUCACUCAACGCAACAGUCAAAGGGAUAUUUGCUCGCGUUUCACCACUUGUGAACAAUUAUCCCUCACAAAUGUUCUCGAACAAGAAAGGAAACGACCUGACGUUUCUUACAUCUCUUCCCCGACGGCCAGCUGGCUCGACGACUUCUUCCUCUGGUUGAACCCCGACUUCGAGAAAUGCUGCAAGGAAACUGGCCAUGUCUGCUUCUCCGGUCGAGACCCGUCGUGGAACAUCACUCUUCACGGCAUGCCCGAAGGCCAGGAGUUCGUUCAUUACUUAGAGAAAUACCUACAAGCUCCGACUACCGAUGACUGUCCCCUAGCCGGUCAGGCUUCUUAUAGUCAGGCCGUCGUCGUAGACGCUGAACAGACCACCGUCGCCGCAAGUCAUUUCCGAACUAUGCACAAGCCCUUACGUAGUCAGGAUGAUUUUAUCAAUGCCUACGCGUCAGCUCGUCGCAUUGCUAACGACGUCAGCGCCAACACUGGGAUCGAGAUCUUCCCCUACAGCGUAUUCUACAUCUUCUUCGACCAGUACGCUAGCAUCGUCAGCCUCACUGCCACGCUUCUCGGCUCUGCCGUAGCUAUCAUCUUCGUCGUCGCAUCUAUUCUCUUAGGAUCCGUCGUCACCGCGCUCGUCGUCACACUAACUGUCGUGAUGAUAGUCGUCGACAUCAUUGGUGCCAUGGCGGCCUUCGACGUAUCGCUUAAUGCUGUCUCGUUAGUUAAUUUAAUCAUAUGUGUUGGUAUCGCAGUUGAGUUCUGCGCCCACAUCGCCCGCGCCUUCAUGUUUCCCUCCGGAUCCGUUAUGGAGCGCGCUAAGAACCGCUUCCGUGGCCGCGACGCGAGGGCUUGGACCGCGCUUGUCAACGUUGGCGGGUCUGUCUUUAGCGGAAUCACUGUCACUAAGCUAUUAGGAGUGUGCGUCCUCGCCUUCACCCGUUCCAAGAUCUUCGAGAUCUACUACUUCAGGGUCUGGCUGGCUCUCGUCGUGCUUGCGGGUACGCACGCCCUCAUUUUCUUGCCAGUAGCGCUGUCGCUUGUCGGAGGAGAGGGGUACGUGGAUCCCGAAAGCGAGGGCGGGCUCGUCGAAGACCUCGCGAAUAGGCGGUAUAGGGCGCUGGUUCCGGACGAGAGCGAUUCCGAUGAUGAUGACGAUCUGUGAGAAGAAUGAAGGGAGGUUGAAAGGAAGAACGAAACCUAUCGGUGUUAGGAGUGAAAUGUAUGAUAUAGAAGAAUACUACGGGAUCACAGACAGUACAGCAUUCACGGGACCACGGGCCGAGCGUAUUCUUUCGUUUUGAAUAUAUCUUUUAUUGGAGUAAUAACUAGAGAGAGGUACUAGUAAAUUGGGUCAACUUGGAAUCAGAAGGGAUAUGCGGGAUACGUGAUGGCAUCUUUGGAGAUGAGAAGCUAAUAUGUAGAACAAUACAGUUUGAUACAUAUCACGACUUGCUUGCAAACAUGACUGG